AUGCCCGAGAUGUCGUCACGCUUCUUUGGGGAACCCUCAGCGGCGGCUGUUCAAAUGGCCGGGGGCCUCUCCAACCCAAGCGAGAUAGCCAACGGGGGCAAUGCAACAAAUGGAGUGAAUGGUACUAAUGCGGAUCUGGUGGCCCGCGAUUUGUCGUAUGAGAACACAGACCUAGACGAGAUCACUGUACGCCAGCUCCAGGAAGAUAUUGCCGCUUACAAUUACGACCUCGACUUCUGUAAGCAGCAGUUGGUAGCUGCCGACCUGACCCCUCAAGAAACGAGGACAAUGCAGCUGCGCACACUCGAUCUUGGCCACCAGAUCCGCCAUUGCAGGCACCGCAUUGAGACGAUGCAGGCUCAGAAGCGGCUGAUUGGUAGCUCACACAGGAACAGCAUCAUCGGCAGACCACGAGCUUCCUCCUCUGGUUUUGCCCCGUCAGCGAGCCACACAAAGACUCCGAUCUCGGCAAAGCGACCGCUAAAUGUUGCGAAUGGUAUGAGUGGCUUUUCUUCAGCGAAGCGGCCCAAGAUAGAAAGCUCCCCAGAUGACGAUAAUGACGAUAUCGAAGAGACAACUGAGAUCCGACGUCUUGGUAUGUGGAACUGCCGUCUGUGCAAGACGGACAAGUACAAGCUGGCUGGCGAGGGCCGUCUGCCUAGUGCCCCCUGCAAGUGGCCGCUCAAAGAUGUCUCCAAGAUGAUCACACACUUCACCGACAUGCAUGUUGAGCAUGACCCUGAUGAGCGUUGCAUGGAGCUUGGUGCGGCUCUGGAUCGUAAUCGAGGUCCAUUUGAAUACUGGCUUCGUCGCAGCCGCUCACAGAAGAUCGGGGAUGGCUCUGUCAUCGAGGAGUGUAUUGUUGAACUUCAAGAUGGACGAAUGCCCGAUAUUCUGCGACGGCUUAGCCGGGCUGCUGCAGAUUUCCCCUCUGCUUAA